GUAAAAUCCAUGGAUAUUCUGGAAAACUCUUGGAGGCACUUUCCCAAUCCAUGAAUUUUACGCUAUCAUUUAUAAAACUUGACAGAGGUCAUGGACAUUGGGAUCCAGAAUUGUUGGAAUGGACAGGUGUCAUUGGAAAAAUUAUUCGAGGAGAAGCUGAUAUGGGGGUCGGAGCAUUCAUGAUGACCUCUGAAAGACUGGAAGUCAUUGAUUUUACAACCCUCACGUCCGAUGAAUUCUCCAUUUUCUAUAUUAGAAAACCUAAUGCAGUGGAGAUACAAUGGGAAGUCUACGUUGAGGCAUUUCACACAGAUGUCUGGCUAGUGAUGAUAGCUUUAAUCUUGGUAAUGUCGCUCGUCUUAACACUGAUAAAAUACAAGAAGAUGAAGCUUUUUGUGUUAAUUUCUGAGAACUGUUGGUCUAUUUGGGGUAUAUACUGUCAGCAAGGAUUAUCAGAAUUUCCUGCGGAUAACUCUCGGAGAAUAAUAUCUUUUUCGGUAAUUGUAUCAGCAGUCGUGGUCAGUGCAUCAUACACUGCGUCAUUGACAAGUCUCCUUGCCAUUUCGGAAUCACAAUUACCAUUUAGAACAAUAAAUGAAUUCAUUGCAGCUGGUACUCACCGUUUAAUAGCAGUAGCUAACAGUGCAGAUCAUCUGAUGUUUCAAGCCUCUAAUGAAACUGUCAUACAAAAAAUAUGGCCCCUCAUGAAUCCCGACCAUUCCAUGCCUCACAAUCUUCGUCAAGGUUUCCAUCAGGUAUGUCAUGAGAAAGUGGCAUUCCAUAUAACUUCUUCCUAUCGAGAUGAUUAUCUGUCUCAACUCCUUUCUUGCGAAAUUAUUGCAAUACCGAUGAAACGAAUACAAAGCUCUUCAUUUAUAUUACCAUUGCAUAGCGAGUACAGCAAAUUUUUUGCUUAUCACAUUAAUCGAUUCAAACACAAUGGAUUAAUUGGUCGAUUUAAGCAACAGUAUAAAACGAAAAGAAAAUCAAGUAAUGUGACAUUUUCGCCGGUGGAAGCUCAAGGAAUUGCUCCGGUCCUGGGGGUUUUGGCUGUUGGAUUUAUCAUCGCUGUCCUCAUUUUUAUGACCGAACGUAUCCUUCAUAAUUACUAUAAUAAAUUACGUAAUGCAAAAAUGAGAAAGCUGCAAAAAACUAUUGAAUGGAGGAGUUGCCCUCUUGGGGGAGAUUUCCAACUUCGGAAUCGUCCAUAAUCGUUUCGACGUGAAUCAUUUUUGCAUAACAAAAAAAAUCAAUAAUAAUAAUAAUCGAUCCAUGAAAUGA